CACCUGCUCGUUGCUGUGACACUACUUCCGCUUCAAAAUGGCUGACGAAGAAAUACAAACACCACAGAGGGAAGAAGAAACCCGACAGUAUCUGCAAGAACACAGAGUUCUAGAGCUUUUUAAUAACCUCACAUCACAGCUUAUAUUCAGUCGCCCAGGCGAUCCAAAGAAGUUCAUGAUAGAAACUCUAGAGAGACUACAAAAGUCAAAAAACACAAAGAGAGAUUACCCAUGCUUGUUUGAUGACAGCAAUAUCCAGUCUGUUUAUGGCAUGCUGGACCCAACAAACAGGGGGUACAUCACAUUGAAACAGUAUUGUGAAGCUCUGGACACUCUUGGUAUUAAAGACUUUGAGAUCAGACCAGAGGGUGCUGCAGAUGACAGAAUAUCAUUUGAAACAUUCCUAUCAGAGGCGAGAUCCGGACUUCAGAGAGCAUCGGCCACUUUUACCAACCAGUGAUCACAACUGACAGACCAGAAUCAUUUCAACAGCGGCGAUAACUUACCUAUUGAACAAUUUCAAAUUAUUUAAUUACAGUAACGAAUAUAGAAAUGAACAACUGGCUUAAGCAUUUAGGUAUUAUACUUCAUUUUUUGAAUAUAUUCAAGCUUCUGUGAUAUCUUGACAAUUUGAAAUUAAUGUACUAUUAGAAUUGACAAAGUAUUGUAUGAAAGAAUGAGGGUCAAUGUGGAUUGUUUAUCAUAAUAUGUAUCAUUAUUUCAAUUGCUGUCAUAUUUUUUUCUCUCAUUGAUGUAUUUAUUCGUUUUAUGAUAUUUUAUUGGCAACAAUAAACAUCUUAUAAUAAAUAA